UGUUGUGCGGUCUAUAGAGCUUACUGUGCUGACAGGAAAAAAGCUUUGUUCCGUGUUUACAAAGCCCUGAUCCCGGCGGGGUUUAUAAAGAGGUCUGGCACAGCCGUGCAUCUGGUCUGGUCUGAACUUAACAGUUACAAUGGGCAAGAUUAUCUUCUAUGAAGACAAAAACUUCCAGGGUCGUCACCAUGAGUGCACUAGUGACUGCUCUGAGAUGCAAAACUACUUCAGCCGCUGCAACUCAAUAAAAGUUGAUAGCGGUUGCUGGGUGGCCUACGAGAAGCCCAAUUAUGGCGGUUACCAGUACAUGCUGCACAAGGGAGACUAUCCUGACUACCAGCGCUGGGCUGGCUUCAAUGACUGCAUCCGCUCCUGCCGUAUGGUGCCACCUUACACUGGAAACUACAGGAUGAAGAUUUUUGAGCGGUCUGAUUUUGCGGGCCAGAACCUGGAGCUGAAUGAAGACUGCCCGAAUCUGCACGAGCGUUUCCACACACGUGACAUCUCCUCUGUUAAUGUCAUGGAGGGCUACUGGAUGCUCCACGAGCACCCCAAUUACAGGGGACGUCAGUACUUCCUGCGUCCCGGAGAGUACAGGAGGCACAGCGAAUGGGGAAGCAACACCCCCACCAUCGGCUCUCUGAGACGCGUCACUGACAACAACUGAUUCCCAGCUGUUUCUUAGUCCUGAGUCCUACUAUUUACAGUAGAUCUCCAUCCUCUUGUUUCGCUAAUGUCAGCACUGUUUCAGUGUGGUCUCAACACUGUGGUGUAUCAACCGGAGAUCUUACACUUUAAUGAUGAAUGGGGUUUUGGUGCGUCUGAUAUUGGAUUCUGGAUUUGAUAAGUUGCUUUGCGUUGAUUGGGGAAAGUUGUAACCCCAAUCAGUGCUCCAGCAAUGCUCAGAGUUUAUAGUGAUAAACCCUUGCUUUGGUCGCUCCACAGUAAAAAGUGGUUUUCCUUGCAGGUCCCCAACCUUCUGUGCUAUUGGAAUUACAAUAAAUGAAAACUUGAUGAAAGUCAA